AUGGGCGGUGGAUUAUCAAGGCAAGAGGAGCUGUUUGUGCUUGGCCAAUGGCCUGAGCUCCUAGAAAGUGCCAUGGGCACCGACGAUGAAACGUCAAAGGAAAACGCUGACGGUAGCAAACAUGCAUCAUCAACGUUCCGCAUGUCAUUUUAUGAAUGGCAGGCUCUUAUCUCCCUGCUUGAUAGCGUGGUGCCCUCUGAGGUGCCCUCACGCCUUUGUACGGGCAUCAGUGGUCAGCAGCUCUUGAACCCAAUUGUUGUUGUCAUGGUGCAUGCCUGCUGUUGGGUGGAUGGAAGUGUCAGCGAGCAGAAAUUUACUGAGCGUCUUACUCGUCUUCAGGAGGAUCUGCAGUCACAACAAGACAUUCCGAGGUGGGGGAGACGAUCAAAGGAAGAAGACACGGAGCGAGAACUUGUGAACAAGGCGCUCCGUGUCUUCACAGACAUAUUGGCACAACGGGGAAGAAUACCAACUCCGAGGCGCGGGGAUCGAGUGGGAAUUGCGGCUUUUGAAAGUCUUAUCUCGUGGGAUCACUCCAAAAGGCCGGUUGUGGUUCUCGCACAUGCCUUUAUUGUUGGGGCUCUUGCGUGCAUUCAUCCGGAACCGUGCUACGCCGAAUCUGCCAUCCAUUCCUUUCGCAAUCUCCAACAGGCGAUGGAUGAGGCAGUGAGCUCUAUCUGGCGUGGGAAACGGGGUGUGAAAGGUGCCGCUUUUAAAAUUGGUGAGUGGCAAGCUGUGCGACGUCUGGAAACCAUCCUUGUGCGGCGCCAACGGGAGGCCGAUGUGGCUGAUUUUCUUGCGGUAGAGGAUCGCUGGUGGCUCCCAUCGAACACGAUGGUGCCGCAUGCAUCGUCCAAGGCGAGCUUAGAGGAACGUUGGGAGGCGGUGUCGUCGCAUUACAUUGGUCAGCAGCACGUAUGGGCAGCUUUGAAGACACACUUCUUAAGUUCUGACGUUUUCAACGCCGAAAAACCGACGGUGAUCGUUCUCUUUGGUCCAUCCGGGUUUGGCAAGUCCGAGCUGGCACGUCGUCUUGCGUGUGUGAUUCACGGCGUUGAGGUUGGUGAGUUGGAGACGAGUGGCAAGCUGGUUUACAUACACCUCCCAUCAUUUUGCACGCGUGACACCAUAUAUUCACUUGUUGACCCACCAGCCGCGCACGUUGGGGAGGGCGUUUUACUUUCGGCGCUUCGUAGGAAUGAUGAUGCCGUUGUUGUGCUUGAUGAAUUUGAAAAGGGCACCGCAGAUGCCAUUCAGAAUCUAUGGCUUUCUGCCUUUCAAAAGAAGGGAACACUCCGCUCGCUGAAGGAAGCUUCACGUUCGAUAUCCACAGAAAAAGUGACAUUUGUUCUCACUUGUAACAUUGCCGCCGAUACCAUUCUGCACCGCACGAAGGAAUACUUGCGGGCCACCGCGGAGGAGCAAGCGGCCAUGCGAAAGGAAUGGACCGAACUCUGUAGAGACGUGUGUCGGAAAACCAUGCAUGAUCCUUUUGUUAAUCGUGUUGAUUACUUUUUUCCCUUUGUGCCAUACACGGAGGAAGAGAAGAGGCGAUUUAUUCAUCUGCAACUUCGUCGGGUGUUACUGGACCAGCGUGCGAAGGAUCGACGUAUUUAUGUUACACCCCGAAUGGUAAAAGCCCUCGCAAGGAAACUGCAGACAUUUCAUGCUUCAACGAUAGAGUGUGUGGUGCGUCCGUUGCUUGUGGAGGCGGUGCAGAAGGGGUGGGACACCGUUGUGUUAACAGUGGUGGAACUCGUCAGCGGCACGGAGUUUGUUGCACUUCCUGCGGUGGAUAAGUCAGAUGGGGUUACAACGUGGAACUCUCUUCCUGGAGCCAAGCGUGCAUUGGAGGUGUGUGAGCUGCCCUAUGGUGCGACUGGAGCUUUGCCCCCGGUAGAGAAGAGACGAACCGACAUAGUGCCCGGCGGCAAUAGUGGAGGAGGAGGCGGAGGUGAGGGUAGUAAAAGUAACAUUGGAUCGUUGCAGGCAACUGUUGAUAGGGCUGCCCAACCCACCUUUCGGGAAUCCAAUUUGGUGCCGGACACAAGGGUGGGAGUCGACAGGAAGUACGCCUUGCGCUUGGAAACCGUUGUUGAGAAGGAGCUUCAAGUGGAGUUGAAUCGUGUGAAGGAGCUUCUGGUGAUGAAAGAAAAGGAAAUUGCAUACUUGAAGGAAAAGGUCUUUCAGCUGGAGAAGCUUCUGGCCUUUUUCCUAGCCACCACGCUUAUGUGCCUGUUAUUUCUCUCAUUUCUUGUUGGUAUGAAAAUUGUUUUUGUGAUGGGAAUCGUGAUUUUUGUGGGACUUUGGCUUCUCGUUGAAAUGCCGCUGCAGUUAUUGAUGGGAGCGAUUCGUGUUUUGUAUGGCGUUCUUGGCCCUGUUGGCUCCGUCAUUGCGGUGUUGGUGGCAUCCUUGUGGGGAUCACAAGCACUGAGACACGCUGUGGUCUGUUGA